AUGCUUAGGCUUUCGUGCUCCUAUCAGACUUACGACUGGGGAAAACUGGGUCAUGAGAGCGAGGUUUAUGCUCUCUUAAGUGGUUGCACAGAAGAACCUGUUUCUGGAGAAGAUAUCCCUUAUGCGGAACUUUGGAUGGGAACCCACCUCUCCGGCCCAUCGAAUUUGUAUGGAAAUGCAAAAAAAUCACUGGCUACAUACCUUAUUGAGCAUCCCAAGUGUCUUGGUGCCGCUCUUGUGAAAUUCGGUCGAACGCUGCCGUUUCUGUUCAAGGUUUUGUCCGUUGGAAAAGCACUGUCGAUCCAGGCGCAUCCCAAUAAGGUAAAAUGCAUUGACUGUUUCUUAUUUAGGCACAAAUUCUUUUUGUCAAGUACCAUAGUUGUGUUCCGUUUUCCAUUUUUGCCGAAACGAUAUACCCCUAGAGAUACCCAAAUACAUGCAUUGCUACCCAGAACUUCGGAAGAUCCCAAUAAGUUCUCCAUUAUCAGGUUACUUCGUAGUACUAACAACGCGCGACUGAUUCGUACCAGUCUUAAGAUUCAUUUCGGCCCAACCUGGGAAAUUAAUGAAACGAAUAAUCCAUUUACCUCAGUAUCCAGUUUCAAACAUACAAUACCUGUGAUAUGA